AUCUCUUAGCUAUAUAACCAAACCCAAUACCUUCUCACUUGUUCCCAUCUUAACCAAUAUCCAAAUUCAUCAAUUCAUUAAAGAUAUCAUGAUCUCCUUUGAUCAUCAAACCACAACAAACCCAAUUCGAGAAUCUAACAAGAAUUCCUCAAAGAAAAGAUCAAUGGAAGAGCUGGAGGGCUCUCAUCAUCAUGAAGAAGAUGAUGAUCAGAUCAUCCACAACCACAACCACAACUCAUCAAAGGCAAAAACCAUGAAAUGGGCUUUUGACACUGAGCUUCACCUUCAAUGCCCUUCUCCCAAUUCUUAUGAUAUAAAACAAUGCAAUUUUAAGCUUGGGAAGAAGUAUUGCCAUCAUGAGACACAUAUGAACCUAGAUUUGGAGCUCAACCUGCCUUGCGGAGGGACAUCGAGUCCCCGAGGCGAAGUGAACCGGCCUGCAGCUGCUGUUGCGGAAGAGAAGGAGAUAGAGAGGCAGCGUGGUGAUGAGGUUGCGGCGGUGGAGGGAGAUCAAAAGGAGAUGGUGGCGGCUGCAUGCCGGAGAUGUCACAUGCUGGUGAUGAUGUGUAAGGCUUCGCCUGCUUGUCCUAACUGCAAGUUUAUUCACCCGCCUGAGCUGACCCAACCAGGCCUCUUCAUUAAGCCACGCCGUAGUAAUUGGCUUCUUUGUUAAGUCUAAGGUCUCAUGAUAUCUCUCUUUUAGUACUACAAAUAUAAUUUGAUCUCAAAUUUGUAACUUUAAUAAUAUAUCUCAUAUAUAUAGUACUCUCCAUGGCUAGCUAGCUUUGUAAAUUAUGUUUCUUGUCCAAAUCUAAAUUAGUCAUUCUCUAUUUUUUUUGUUAGAUCUAGGACAAUUAGUUCUUCAAUAGUGUGAUAAUUAUUAUGGUUUAUCA